AUGACGCGAAUGACUCUCCUUCCACUGGCUAUCUGCCUCCUCACCACCGCCGUCCAAGCCGCCAACCCUGUCUUCGGGGCCUACUCAACAGACAGCUGCGACUCCUGCCUUGACGAAACCUACCAGAGCUGCUCAGGGGACUACAUGACCCGAUCUUAUGCAACAUGCAUGUGCGCAGGCGACGGCAGCGCCAACUUUGUAAAAUGUCUGCCAUACUGCGACGCCAGCUUGAACGAGCCUGCCAUUGCUAGCUCGACGUAUUAUGGCUACUGCGUUCUGUUCUUCAAAGAGCUGUGCGAUGGUGCUGAGCAGUUUCUUACUGAGAAGAUCUAUGGCGAGCAGUGCUCCAAGGAGGCCAUUGCUGCUGGUGGCAUCGGUGCUAAAGACGGCGACAAUGGCGACGAUGAAUCUAGCAAGAGUGAGAGCUCAGAGCCAAAUAAGACGAAAGAUUCGGAUUCUAAGGAAACUGGCGAGGCUAGUGAGACAACCAAGACAGGUGAUGCAAGCAGUACGGCUGGUAAAAGCGAGGCCACCCAAACAGCUAAUGACGCCAUCGCUCCGAUUGUACCAGUAUGGGCUGUGGUGGCCGGUGUUGGAUUACAAUUCAUGAACAUGUAA